UCUUUCUCAAUUUACAUAACAAGCUUUAUUUUUAUUUUUUAGAAAAUGAAUACAGAGUAAUGAAGAAAAUACAAAGAUAAGUAAAUCACACGAAAAAAAGAUAAUGGAUACUUGUAAAAAAGAAAAAUCGAAGGAGAAAAGAGAAAAGAGAAGCCAAGAGAUUUCUCUUUUACGUACUAUUCCUUAUUCCGAACAUCGAAAAUGGUGGUCAUCUGAAACAGUUGCUGUUGUGACGGGCGCGAAUAGAGGGAUUGGAUUUGAGAUUGCUCACCAAUUAGCAUCACAUGGAUUAACAGUAGUUCUUACUUCACGAGAGACUGGAGUUGGUGAAGAAGCAGUGAAAGUAAUGCAGGAAGGAGGUUUAAAUGUUGCAUUUCAUCAACUAGAUAUCGUUGAUCAUGCAUCCAUUGAAGCAUUUUCUGAUUGGAUCAAAGAAACAUAUGGUGGCUUAGAUAUACUGAUCAAUAAUGCAGGAGUGAGUUUCAAUGUUGGUACAGAGAAUUCAAUGGAAAAUGCUGACACUGUUAUCGAAACGAACUACAUUGGCACCAAAAAUAUGACAAAAGCGAUGAUUCCUUUGAUGAGGUCGUCUCCUUAUGGUGCUCGUAUAGUUAGUGUAACCUCUCGAUUGGGAAGACUACAUGGAAAAAAGAAUAGAAUUACGAAUGCAAGCUUGAGACAGCAGUUGGAGGAUGUUGAUUCCCUAACAGAGGAAGUCAUUGACAAUGUUAUGAAGAUAUUUUUGGAACAAGUAAAAGACGGUACGUGGGAGUCAGGGGGAUGGCCUCAAGUGUUCACUGAUUACUCAGUGUCAAAGGUUGCAGUGAAUGCAUAUACUAGGCUAAUGGCAAGGAUACUCGAAGAUCGUCCUGAGGGUCAUAAGAUUUACAUCAAUUGUUAUUGUCCAGGUUGGGUGAAGACCGCGAUGACUGGUUGGGCAGGGCAUAUAUCUCCUGAAGAUGCUGCUGAUACUGCAGUCUGGCUUGCUCUUCUCCCUGACCAGUUUGUAAGUGGUAAGUUUUUUACUGAAAGGCGCGAGAUAAGCUUUUAAGGUGGAAACUGAAAGGUCAUUCCAGAUAGAUAUUGUUCGACAGUCAUUACAUUGCUAUCUGUCUUUACCAGUUGGUGUGAAAAAAGAGAAGCGGAGAUGCCCUGGUGAGUAGGUGCGAGAGGUUGGAAGCGAUAGUUGUUUGGAGAGGUAGAUUUAGUCCGAAGAAGUAUUGUGGGAAGGUAAUUAUAUAGGCCAUGAUGCGUCUUGAAAUUAUCAAAGGACAUGAUCUUAGAUAUGAGGAUUUAAAGAUCACGAAUUAGAGUAGAAUGUUAGUUGGUAGUUGAACGUUGUAUGGCUUUUCUGCCGGGGUAGGAUAGGUGGUGGUAACAGUACCAUCCGUCUUACCAGUAGUAUUAGUAUUAUUCUUGUAGUUUCUUAUUUAUCGCACUAGUUCAUUGUUGUUACUCUUCUUUCUCUGUAACUUAUGUACUGCUUUUCAUUGAGCUACAUUUUUUUUGUUGUUACUAACUUUCAUUUU